GCAAAGAUUUUUUUUUUUUCUUUUUCACCAAUUACCCUCGAUAUGUGUGGUUUUGCUUGGGUUUUAUGCCUCUUUUUUUAUUUCUUUCCUGUUUUCUUGUUUUCUUCUUCAAAACGAAGGGAUUGUUCCCUUUUGGUGUUUUCUUUGAUGUACCCUCUUCAGCCCCAAUUUUCCUAUUACCAGAUCUAGUUUUUCUCUCAGAUCCGUUUCAUUCCUUGGUUAUCGCUGAAAACAGCGAUUUUCUCUUAUACCUUCCGCCGCGGUUUAUGGUUUAAGCAGGAUUUACCGGCUAGUGUACAUGGGUCAAUAUAUCCACAAGUCAACAUCGGAUUGUCUAUCCUUUUCGGUAGAUGUCCUUUGGAUCCCUUUGUGGAUCAUCUCCGUUUUCUUUUCCUCUAGUUUUAGAGCUUCGUUGGCGGUGGAAGAGAUUCUCCGUUCUGGAGGUGAUCUGGAAUUUCCUAUUCUCUGUCUCUUGCACUCAGCUCUUUGGGUGUUCGAUCGGGAUGGUGACCGGCACCCCUCAAGUUUACCGGUCAAGUUUCUGCAGCUUCAUCGCGGUGGCGCCGUCUACUGUGUGGCCAUCGGUUGGUUCACGAUUAUCAUCGAGGACAUCUCCAUUAUCAUCAAAGUCAUCCCAGGCUACAUCCUAUACCACGUGCUUGGCCUGCGUAUUAGUUUCUUCAAGGUUGACCAGUGGCUUCUGGUCUCUGUGGUCGUUGACUGCGGAAUAUUCGCAGCAGCAAAACUUUCAAUUGGCUUUCCAUUUGUAAUUGCAAUACUAAUAUACAAAUGGCGAAGGAGGCACUUGUCAAUGUAUGACAAUAUUGAAGACUUUCUGCAGAGUAACAGUAAUCUCAUGCCGGUAAGGUACUCUUACUCAGAAAUCAAAAAGAUGGCUAGCGGAUUCAAGGACAAAUUGGGUGAAGGAGGCUUUGGCACCGUGUACAAGGCAAAACUCCGCAGUGGUCGCCUUGUGGCCAUCAAGAUUUUGAGUAAGUCCAAAACUAAUGGGCAAGAUUUUAUCAAUGAGGUUGCUACUAUCGGAAGGAUUCACCAUGUUAAUGUGGUGCGACUUAUAGGCUUCUGUGUUGACCGUUCAAACCGUGCACUUGUUUAUGAUUUCAUGUCAAAUGGCUCUCUUGACAAGUACAUUUUUUCCCAGCAAGGUGCUAUCUCCUUGAGCUGUGAGAAAAUAUUUGAGAUUGCAGUUGGAGUGGCUCAUGGAAUUCAAUAUCUCCAUCAAGGAUGUGACAUGCGAAUUCUGCAUUUUGACCUCAAGCCUCACAACAUUCUUCUUGACGAGAAUUUUACUGCCAAGGUUUCUGAUUUUGGAUUAGCAAGGCUAUACCCAUUGGAUAAAAGCAUUGUGUCUUUGACUGCAGCAAGAGGAACCAUAGGAUACAUGGCUCCAGAGUUAUUCUACAAAAACAUUGGAGGUGUAUCAUACAAAGCGGAUGUAUAUAGUUUUGGAAUGUUAAUGUUGGAAAUGGCUGGUAGAAGGAAGAACUUGAAUGCAGCCAUAGAUCAUUCAAGCGAAUUUAGCCAAAUGUACUUUCCCACACGGGUUUCUGAUCAAUUGAAUCAAGGGAAGGAGAUCGAAAUAGGAGAUGCCACUGAAGAUGAAAUGAAAAUCAUAAAGAAGAUGAUCAUAGUGGCACUGUGGUGCAUACAAAUGAAGCCUAUUGAACGUCCUUCAAUGAGCAAAGUAGUAGAAAUGCUUGAAGGAGAAAUUGAGAGCCUCCAAAUACCUCCAAAGCCUUUCUUAUAUCCACAGCAAAUACCAGAAGAUGAUGUUGAGGACAAUUUAAGUACUACAUGUGCAUCAAGAAUGACAGAAUCUACAGAGAUCAUCAAUUUGAUUGCAGAUGGAAAUUAAGUGAUUUUGUAUAUGUCAAUAUGUGAUGUUAGGGCCAUGAAAUUUCUCUAUAAAUUUGAUAGCUUAAAAACAUUUUAAGUUUGAAUUAAUGUACGAAUACAAUUAAACUUGCUUUU